AUGGGCGUGCACGACCUAGAGAAAACAAUUCCACUCCGGAUCAUCACUUUCAACGUCCGCUACGCCACCACAUCCCCGACCCCCCACGAGGAACUCUGGAAGGUUCGGCGCCCUAAACUCGGCACGCAGCUCCGGUUUAACACUGUCGGUCGUUCCGCAUUCAUUUCCUUCCAGGAGGCCCUGGCCAACCAGGUUGAAGACAUCCAGGAAGAGUUGGGGUCCACCUGGGCGCAUAUCGGAGUUGGGCGAGAUGACGGCAAGUCUGCGGGAGAGUUCUCGCCUGUCUUCUACCAAAUCGACACCUGGAAGUGUGAACGCAGCCAGACAUACUGGCUCAGCCCAACUCCAGAGGAGCCAUCGACUGGUUGGGACGCAGUUCUUCCUCGGAUCGUGACCAUGGGACAGUUUGAGCACAGGGAGAAUGGUGCCAGGGUCGUGGUACUUAGCACUCACUUCGACCACAUCGGACUCAAAGCACGGGAAGAGAGUGCGAAGCUGAUCCUGAAGCUGACCGACUCGUGGGUAGGUGAGUUCAACAAGUCAGGCAAGGGAAAACCUCCGGUAUAUCUCGGAGGUGAUUUCAACAGCACGCCUGAAGACAAGGCAUACCAGACCAUGACUGCACCAGGGACCGGGAUGACGGACAUAUCGACGACAGUUCCGGAGGACAGGCGGUAUGGGAACGUGUUGACGUACACAUCAUUCAAUGAGCCGGACCAGUCACCCUCGAGGAUCGACUUCCUCUUCGUCAAAGAUACGUCAGACAUCAACUUCCUCACGUUCGGGGUCUUGGCCAAUCGUUUCGAUGAUGGUGUGUUUAUCUCGGAUCACCGCGCAGUGGUGGCUGACAUGGAGAUCCCGGUGAAGGGACAACGGCCGUCUAUGUGA